UCCUUUUUUACACUUGUAGUUGGUAGAAACUAGAACGAAGUCGAGACUCGGGAGGAGGAAUCAACCCCCAGCUUAACCUGCAUCUCUCCUCUGCUUCCUCACGCACAUAUUCCCGCCGGACCCGCCUUCACAAUGCAGACGUUACUGCUACCCGUAGCAGCUCGUUCUCACGGAGGAGCGGCGGCAGCCCUUUUGGCCGGAUCCUUACAUCCUUCUCACUCCCCUCGUCUCCGUCACCGGACGCUCCCCUUCCGUCGCACCUCCGACCUUCCCUUAUCUCCUCUCCGUUCCCUUGAGACGCGAACCAAUUCUCCUUCCUUUUAUAUUUUUUUCGCCAAGGGAGACACCACUGCCUCCGCCUCCGCUUCCGGUCCUUUGUCCCCCUCCUUCCCUUCCCCAACCGACGAAUCCGAAAAGGCCAAACUCGCUCAGGUGGUCAAGAGACUAGAAAACACUUCGAGGUAUUUCAAGAGGUUGGGUGGUUUAGGGUUUUGGGGUCAGCUGGUUUGCACUGUGGUGGCUGCUGUGAUUCUAUCAUUCUCGGUGGUUAUUACUGGGAAGAUCUCAUCACCAGCUACAUUCUAUGCUACUGCUGGAGGUAUCGCUGCUGCAUUCAUUUCGGUCUUUUGGUCGUUUGGUUAUAUCCGUCUUUCCGACAGGCUUCGGAGAACUGCCAACGAGCCCGCAAAGGCUCCUCCACGAGCUGAAGUGGUGAAGAGUUUAAGGAAUGGCAUAGUGGUAAACCUUUUGGGAUUGGGUGCUGCUAUUCUAGGCAUGCAAGCUACAGUUGGAUUAUUGGUUGCCAAGGCUCUUACUUCCUCAGCAAAUCCCUACUACCAGGGUAUCUCUCCUGGUUAUAGUCCUGUGCUAGCCUUGGAUGUAUUCUUAGUCCAGGCCUCAGCCAACACUAUUCUAUCCCAUUUCUUGGGGCUUGUUUUCUCAUUGGAGCUCCUGCGUUCAGUAACACUAUCACCUUCCGAAGGGGUUCCAGUUCCCAAAUUUGCCUAAGCUUCUGGCCUUUUUAAGCCUUGAAGAGAUUUAUAUGUUGUCCCAGUGUGGAGUCAGAUUGUCUUCAACAAAGGGACUAUUGCGAGUUUUUAUACCAAAGUUGAAAGUUGAAACUAAUGUAAUUCUAAGAACGUUUACUUGUAAUUUAAGGGGGCAUAUUUCUUCUAUUUGCUUAAAAGAAUAAAGUGGCAAGGUAUGGCAGAAUUUACCAUCUUCAAUACAAUGUUCAUGGCUAAUAAGAAAGUGAGAG